CGCGGACUGGGGCGCAACUACCCGCAGCUACCGCGCCCCCGCCAGCCCCCCGCGUCCGUCCCCAGGCAGCAUGGUGAGGUUCGCCGUCGGGCCCUCGCCACCAUGUACGUGAGCUACCUCCUGGACAAGGACGUGAGCAUGUACCCGAGCUCCGUGCGCCACUCCGGCGGCCUCAACCUGGCGCCCCAGAACUUCGUGAGCCCCCCGCAGUACCCGGACUACGGCGGCUACCAUGUGGCGGCGGCGGCGGCGGCGGCCGCGAACUUGGACAGCGCGCAGUUCCCCGGGCCGUCCUGGCCCGCCGCCUAUGGCGCCCCGCUCCGGGAGGACUGGAACGGCUACGCGCCCGGGGGCGCAGCGGCCGCCGCCAACGCCGUGGCGCACGGGCUCAACGGCGGCUCCCCGGCUACUGCGAUGGGCUAUGGCAGCCCCGCCGACUACCACCCGCACCACCACGCGCACCACCACCCACACCACCCGGCCGCCGCACCGUCCUGCGCCUCGGGGCUGCUCCAGACGCUCAACCCCGGGCCUCCCGGCCCCGCCGCCACCGCCGCCGCCGAGCAGCUGUCUCCCGGCGGCCAGCGGCGGAGCCUGUGCGAGUGGAUGAGGAAGCCCGCGCAGCAGUCGCUCGGGAGCCAAGUGAAAACCAGGACAAAAGACAAAUACCGAGUGGUGUACACAGACCACCAGCGGCUGGAGCUGGAGAAGGAGUUUCACUACAGCCGAUACAUCACCAUCCGCAGGAAGGCUGAGCUAGCCGCCACUCUGGGGCUCUCCGAGAGGCAGGUUAAAAUAUGGUUUCAGAACCGCAGAGCCAAGGAAAGAAAGAUCAACAAGAAGAAAUUACAGCAGCAGCAGCAGCAGCAGCAGCAGCCCCCGCCACCAGCACCCCAGCCGCCUCAGCCCCAGUCAGGUCCUUUGAGAAGUGUCCCAGAACCCUUGAGUCCAGUGUCUUCCUUGCAAGGCUCAGUCACUGGCUCUGUCCCUGGGGUUAUGGGACACACCGGGGGAGUGUUAAACUCCACUGUCACCCAGUGACCUCCAGCAGCCUGCAGCAGCAGAACAAUUCCAGGUGGAGCUACAAGGAUCAUGGACUCUGCUAGAAUCUUCUGGAGAGAUCCCACCUCUCCCCUACCCCAAUACAUACCACCUCAUUUAGUUCUCAGAGGAGAAAUGGGGGACAGGAGUAAAGACAAGUGGGAUUGGAGACCUCUGGGAAGACAUUUUCCUAGAUUUUGACUUUUUUCAUGGGACUUUUUCUGCCAGUCAGGGGAAUGACCACUGGGCUUCCAUUGGUCCUGAAAGAACAGUGCCUGGAAGGGCUGAAUAGAUGUGGCUUUCAGCACUGUUUCCCCAGCCCUUGACUUCCUAAAUCUGCAGAAGGUGUCUCCUAUUGAAACCAAGAGGGGAGAAGGAUUUAGGGAACCAAGAUGGCUGCUCUCUCAGGAGCAGAGAAGAGUUCCAAAUGGAAGCAAAGGCGGCUAAAAUAGAAACAUAGACUGACCAAAGAUUGUAGAAGCUCUACGUCUUUGUCUUUUUCUUUUCUUUUUCUUUUUUCUUUCUUUCUUUCUUUUUUUUUCGGUUCCCAGUUCCUAGACCAAGAAAGACUCCUGUCUGUGUGGUGUGUGGUAUGGGGGCUGGGUGGCGGUGGCAGCUGUGCGAUUCCAGGCCUGACUAAGGGUCUUGUUUAGAAAGCAUGUCACCAGAGCUUUUCUGGGCUGAAUGUAUGUCAGUGCUAUAAAUGCCAGAGCCAGUGUGAA